AAAUUGGAUUUGAAAAGUUUGAUUUAUCCGAGAAAUUUGGCUGUCGACUGGAUAACUAAUCAUUUGUACAUCAUUGAGUCAGGAUCACGUCGUAUUGACAUAUCAACAUUUGACGGUGAACGACGAGCUGUCCUAAUCGCUGAUGGUUUAACGCUUCCGCUGGAUAUCGCACUCGAUCCUAUUAGAGGGUUACUUUUUAUAAUUAUUGUAAUCAAUCUGUAA